GUCACUUCAGCGGCUCAGCACGGAACGGGGAAACCUGGAGUGCUGCACCACAACGGAAACCUCCACCAACACUUCUUGUGACGGAAGAACCACGAUUUACUCGGGAUUCACUACGUUGAUUUGAAACUCUCGAGCCACUCCCCGUUUCUUAACCACCAAUUGCUUCGCUUCGUAGCCGAGAUGGCAUCGCAAGCAGACUUCCGCGACAGGCAGUUCCUGGCUGUGAUCGGAGACGAGGAUUCUGUGACUGGACUACUUCUAGCCGGCAUUGGCCAUGUUACCGCGCCGCCAGACAACCAGAAGAACUUCCUGGUGGUAGACGCCAAGACGGACAACGCUUCAAUCGAGGCGGCCUUCGAGCGGUUUACAACGGAGAGGAAGGACAUUGGGAUAGUUUUGAUCAAUCAACAUAUUGCCGAUAGGAUAAGGAACCGAGUCGAUACCUACACCCAAGCUUUCCCGACCAUUCUCGAGAUCCCAAGCAAAGACCACCCCUACGACCCGGAGAAGGACAGCGUCUUGCGCAGAGUCCGCCGGUUGUUUGGUGAAUAAACAGGCUUAUGUUGAAUAGAGUGGGGAGCUUAGAGAGUGAACGGCCAGCCAGUCACGCGUGUGAAGCGAACGAUA